AUGGCUGCAAAGCGCAAUUUCCUUCGCCGCACAAAAGCCACCGCACCUCCAGAAACCACGGAGACGGAAACCAGCACAGAUAAAAUAGAAACCACCACAAACAGAUUCACUAGACGCGGGAACUCCAAAUUCAAAUCGCGAAAAGAAGCUGAACUCGAGAAAAAAGGCGCGACUGCGAAAAAUGAGGUUGAAAAUGCUUCGCGUCGGCCAUCUUUGAACGGCGGCGCGCGGCGUAGUGAGCGCCCGACUCGCAAGUUUGUUCGACUGCGUGGAGGGGCAAACGCAACAGCAACAACACCUUCAGCUUCAUCAACAGCAGCAGCGCCUGUAUCAACACUAUCAUCGACAGUAGUUACCAGGCGGCCAUUCCGUGUCGCCAGCAGACGUCGUAUCGGAGUUCCUACUACUACCACUACCACUACCACGACCCCUGCUCCUACUACCACUUCUACCACUGAAACUCCAACUGCAGCUGCUCCUGAAGCUGUUACCAACGCUUAUGAAGAUGAAGAGUCGCUACAGGAUAUUGGUGAUAUCGACUCUAUCGAAGACCUAACUCUCGUGCCAAGAGAACCAAUGAAGUCCACCAAAAUCCAGAGACGACCUCUGGUCAAUUUGAGAGAACAAGUGAAAGACCAGAACCCAUCAGCCACGAACGAAGAAGAGAACAAGAGACAGAGUAAGAAGUACAGCGCGUCCAUCAAGCAGAACCAGCUAAACGACUUGCUGAAACAGAAGAAUCAGGAGGAGACCACCACGGAGACGAAGAGUACUGCUGAUGAUUACAGUGCUGAAACCGCUCUAGCGAUAGCAGCUCACCAACUUAUCACUGCACCUAUACCAAGCAUACCAGAUUUCGAAGAGGAAAUCAAACCAACAAGAAAGACACAAACCACCGUAGAAUACAAAUACACAAGUCGGGAAUACAAUGAGUACACCGAUAUUAGUAGAACACCAACUUAUGAUGACUUCCAAAGCACGCCAAACUACAAGAGCACCCUUGGGAACUCAUAUGAUCAAACAACAGGCUACAAGAACCCUGUAGACUUCGAAGCAACGAAAGUAUCAAGUGACUUCGAGACUCAGAAGGCACCAACCACUUCUACAGUGUAUUACAAGACUGACUUUGCUCAAACUACUUCUGACGAACCUUACACUUCAGUUUUCGAAGCCCCUAAACUUUCUACCAACACAUUUGACGUCCCGAAGACAACUGCAUUCCCUAAUACAGUGAACACUGCUAACACAGCAAAUCUUGGCUUUGUAAGAACAAACGCAAAUGAUUACAGUAUAACUUCUGCUUACGAUUCUAAAGUGACCCCUACAAGUUACGGUCCAAGGUCUUCGUCUACUAACUUCCCCAACACAGUGACGAAUCAAGACUUUGGUAGAACGACAAUCGGAGACGUGUACGACACACGUAGUGACUACGACUCUAAGAUUUCUACCUACCUUCCUAAAGCAACUGCGACCAACUUCCCAUCAAAUACAGAAACAGUAAACACGUAUUUGGACACUUCGACAGAGUUUGUGUCAAAGACUUCCCCAACGUAUGUACCGAAAUUCCCUUCAACAGACUACCAGAACACAAUAAGCCAAGAAUAUGUGCAGUCGUCACUAAAUCCUUUCGCAGCUCCCACUGAAUUGAGUGCUCCCAAGAUUUCUACAUCUUUAGCUCCUCCUUCUCCCACGAGAUACUUUGAGAGAACUACCUUCGCAGACACACCGACAGAUAACUCGCCAAGAAGUUCUAGCGCUUUCAUUCCAAAGUCGACUGCUACGACGAAAUUCUCAAGAGGUGGAUCUAGAUACCUUCCGUCUUCGACAGAUGCUUCUACAGGGUACACAGGAGUCCAAAGGUCUUCCACUCCAAGGUACAGAACUGAGAAGCUGAUACCAGUUCCUGUGGACACUGGCUACUCCACAGUUGGUUACACUGGAUCCAGUCAGGAGCCCUCGUACUUCACCAGGGAAUACCUCCUGGAGUCGCCUGUUACCAAGACUUACGACGCGGAAUACCAAUACUUAUCACCAGUCACCACACCACAGACGCCAGCUACCCAGCCAACUAGAAGGGUGAUCAGAAAGAAGCUCCAACGUAAGAUCUCGACCACCCUCCGGCCGACAGACCCACCAGCACCAUCUUCCACUCCUGUACCACGAAGGGUACCAUCCAAAGCACCAUUCGAGAAGAUCCCCAAGGGACCAAAGAAGACGUACAGACCGAUCGCAAACUAUGACUACUACGAUGACAGCGAUGAGAAGGUCGCUGUCAAAUAUGUUGAAGGAACUAAGAUCGUGAUGAGAGAAGAUGGCCGCAUCGAGUGUCUGGACAUCGGUAACUUCCCUCAUCCUAAAUCGUGCAAGAAAUUCAUCUCAUGCGCUCGUAUCGAGAAUGGCUCAUUAUUAGGCUGGGAGUACAUCUGUCCUAAAGGGUUGAGCUUCGAUCCCGUCGGAGGAAUCUGUAACUGGUCGGCAGGACUUGGGUGUGACGAGAAAGAUGUCUGAAAAUAGAAGAAGGAAAAAAAUAGAAAAGAAUGAAUUAGGAACAAAUUGAAAAAUUAAACGUUUAGUAGCGUUCGAGGAAUUUGAUUAUUUUGUAGGGACAGUCAACACCAUGUUCUAUGCUUCUGACUUUUUAAUUUUUUUUUUU